AUGAUGGAUCCUUUCAACAAGCUACCGGCAGAGCUCCGUACAAAGAUUUUUAUAUCGACCUGGUGCCCACGUACGAAUUUACAACUCAUCCAGGCCUCACCUGCCAUGCUUCAGCAAUUUGCUGUAUCAAAAGAAUACAUCGUAAGAAAGCUACUUGCCUCCGACUUCGAUAAUGGCAUGAUACAAGACGCCAUAGCGAUUAUUCUUUUCCCUUCAAAGUCUACUGCUGACUUCAAAAUCUUAGCCCGUCAUCAUUGUCGCUCUUGGGCAACACAACAAUUCACCAAUCCGCUCUACCAACCUCUAGAAAGUGGAAACCAUGACUUAAUCAACAAAAUCAGCAAGCUUCAUACAGUACUGAUGUUCUAUGUUGAGGACUAUCUUACCAAGGCCACUGCUGUCUUCCCCUCGCGGGAGUAUGAAAGCCUUCCGUCCCAAACAGAACCCCAGUUAAGAUUCAAAGGUCAGGCAGUCGGUUCUAGGUUCAAUGCAGCCAAUCUUACAGGUCUAGAAAGAAAGCGAUUAUUGCGAGCCUUUCUACGGUACCAGCUCAAUUCUCUCAUGGACGAAGAUAUCCAAGAGCCUUUCCAGGAGGCACUGUAUCAACACAGUGGACGAGAAUUCCAACUUUGGGACCUACAGGCAAUCCUGUGUGUUGGCAUAUAUCUGAAAAGUCUUUACGGGGCCAUGUUCGCCCACUGCAGCGAUUCCUGGCUACCAGGCCCUAUGUCGGGUUCUACUUCAUCUCAACCCCGCGGGCUGCUUAACCAAGAUAUCCUGUACGUCAAACCUGAGGCUUAUGCCUCCAAUAUGGGCUGCAAAGAUCCUUUUGUUGCACAGUCGUUAUCAGAUUAUGGCUUCGACCUCGUCACAGUUCUUCUUCGACCCGCUAGAGCCGGACCACCUGGUCGGGACCGCCUCAAGAAGUGGUUUAUGGAUUUUCCUCCAAGGAAUGUUUUCAGAUGGAGGGACUCACACUAUUUCCAACGAGGUUAUGAUUCCCUUGGUGCAGUAAAAGAGGAUUCUCAAAAAGGCCCUGGUAUGUACCAGAUGCUUCACUCCCGCAUUAUCCCAAACCAUUACACUCUCGCAGCGACGUAUCAACAAAGGGCAUGGGUAUUCUUCGAUGACGCCAGAUUUUACCCCUCGCCUUCGCCUGAUGCCCACCCACAUUUUCCGACUGAGAAUCAAACUUUGAAUGAGCACUUUCAAAAUACAAAAGAGUACGAGGAUUGGCGGGACUAUCCAUGGCAGGCCAGAGCUCGGCAUCGAUCACAAAAGUGGCACAAUGAACAGCGCGGGACAUCUCCAGAAAAGACAAAGAUUGAAGACUAUCAAGACUCAGGGAUGGAAAAAGGGUGCCAGUUUUCACUGCCUAACAUAGUAGAUGGAAAGCUUGGGUCUACUCUACGCCCGUUUUGGCAAUGA